UAAGUGCCAGGCAUUGCGAUAAGCACAGAGAUUACAAAUAUGAAAAAAAAAAGUACUUGCCCUGGUGGAGUUUACCAUUUAAUGAGAGAAAAUACACAAAGGAAACCUAAAAAGUAGUGGGCAGGUUUAGUGAAGUAAAAAAGGGCCAAAAUAAUUUCUAAAUAAAAUUUAACCUUUUAUUAUUUAUAAUUAAUAAACGUUAGUUGACUUAAUGUUAUUCGGUUUGAUAAAUGUUAGUUGACUGGCUUGGGGAAGAGGAGAGUCAGGAAAAAACCUCUUGAAAAUAGAGAAGAGGAAUUGGUGUGAUGAGAGAGGGGCAUGAUUUGAUGGAAUAAAUGUACAGCUUGGGGACAGAGACUAGAAUAACGGAAGGCAGAGGAUGUACCUUUGUUCACCCUGCUCGAGCCAGAAGCCUUUAUGUUAAAUUAAAACCAGUAAUGAGUAACACAUUAACACUGUGCGCAGCCGCAUCUUUCUCCAGCCAGCUCACCACCACCUCCGGAACCUAAUUGCUGUAGUCUAUGGCUCCACACUAUCAGGAAGUAAAUAAUUGAAGGCGCUCACUUCCGCCAGGGGAGACUAAUGUAUCAGGGAUCUUCCGUUUGGCCAAAAAAUGGCGGCGACCCUUUCAGACUCACGUGUUGGCAUUGGAAAGAAGCAGAAAAAGUUACGGAAGAGGAAAAAGAUGAAGAAGAUAGUGGCGGCGGCGGCGGCGGCGGCUUCAUCGUCCGACUCAGAGCCGGAGCAAGAGGAAGACAAUCUCCACGGCGGUCGCGGUUCUGUAGCAAGCUGGGGAGUUUCCAAAGACAAUUUUUCUUCUGAUGAAGCAAUUGAAGGUGAUAACGAAGAUGAUACUAUAGCUUAUGACAAAGAAAAUGAAAGUGCAACAGAAUCCAAUGUUGGGACUAAUGCUGGUUGGGCAGACGCCAUGGCUAAAAUUCUUAACAAAAAAACUCCUAAAAGUAAACCUACUAUUCUCAUUAAAAACAAAGAGCUGGAGAAGGAAAAAGAGAAAGAAAAACAAGAGAGACUGGAGAAAAGAAAACAGCUUGAUAAGAAGCGGGAGUGGGAGAUGAUGUGCAGAGUGAAGCCAGAUGUUGUCAAAGACAAAGAAAUAGAAAGAAAUCUACAGAGAAUUGCUACAAGGGGUGUGGUGCAGUUAUUCAAUGCUGUUCGGAAGCACCAGAAGAAUGUUGAUGAAAAAAUGAAAGAAGUUGGAGGCUCUGUGAGAAAACGUGCAAAGUUGAUGUCAACUGUCACCAAGAAAGAUUUCAUUAGUGUUCUCAGAGGAGUGGACGGAAGCAAAGAGGGUAGGAAUCCCACAGGUCAGAAUCCAAAAGACAAACAGGCUAAAGAGAAAUCAGAGCAAGGCUCAAGCUGGAACAUAUUGCGUGAUGAUUUUAUGAUGGGAGCAACAAUGAAAGACUGGGACAAGGAGAGUGAUGGACCUGAUAACACAGAAUGAAGCUCUAGAAGUGACUGAUAAAUGACAACAUUUAGAAAUUGGAAUACUUGAUACAUUUAUUUUUCUGGAGAAAAUUGUUUAUCAUCUACAUGAGUUUUGCAGCAUGGAGGUGGUAAUGCAGAUGUUAGUUUGAAGAGAAAACAACAGACUGCCUUUAUUUUUCACCAACUUUAAAAUUGUCACUUAAUUUUGUUUUAGUCUACAUCAAAAUCCAAAACUGCUUUCCAAAACCAUUAUUAUUUUUUAGCAUUUCCAAAAAACAUUUUAUAUAUUAAAAACAAAACCAUGCCUCUUGGCAUAUUUUGCCAAUUUCAUGAUAAGUUUUUAAUGUUAUUUUGUUAUUCUUGAAUUUUAAAUUAAUAAUGCAUCUAAAAAUAUCACUACCUGCUGGUAAUGAAGAUGACCUAUAUUUAAUUGUAUAUGUUAUUCAAAAGAAUAUUUACUACAUAAAUUCUGUGAGUCUUCAAA